AUGGCCUCCUCCAAGACGGCUGAGGAUGUGAUAUCUUCUCAGGCAUUACCAACAGACACCACCCCGGUGGAAAACAACGAGGCACCGAACCCGAACGAUGUCUUCUGGGAUGGCGAAGAUGAUCGAGAAAAUCCAAAGAACUGGAGCGUUAUACGACGAUGGGUUCAUGUUUACAUUGUUUCCCUGCUGACCUUUAUCACGUCACUCGGCUCUUCGAUGCUGGCUCCCGCCGUACCCGACGUGAUGAAAUCGCUCCACUCCGAUAACUCGGAGUUGAAGUCAUUCGUCGUCUCAAUCUACGUGAUUGGAUCCGCGGUCGGGCCUCUAGUCGCAGCGCCUAUAUCAGAAGUUUAUGGCCGCUCAAUCGUGUACAAUGUCUCGAAUGUGAUUUUUCUCGGCGCGACAGUUGGAUGCGCCCUCAGCACCAAUGUGGGCAUGUUUCUUGCCUUUCGGUUGAUAUGUGGCUGUUCAGGAGCUGCUCCUCUCGCGCUGGGCGGAGGAUCCAUCAGCGAUCUGAUGGAGUUAGAACAAUGGGGAACUGCAAUGGCAAUCUGGGGAUUUGGAUCAUUGGUACCACCGGUAAGGCUUUCUUGGAUUCAUCGGCGAGGACGGGGCUCAUACUUUCAGGUUGUUGCGCCCAUUGCUGGUGGCUAUUUGAGCCAAGAUGUGGGCUGGAGAUGGAUCUUUUGGGUCAUUGCCAUUCCCAUGGGUAUCCUGACGGUCAUAUUCCCUUUCGUAAUUCGAGAAACCUAUGCCCCAGUCCUCUUGGAGCGCAAAGCGAAACGUUUACGCAAGGAAAUGGGCAAUCCUCAUUAUAAAUCGCGACUCGACAGCCAGCUUUCUCGGAAAAAGUUCAUUUUUGACACCCUCAUCCGACCUUCCCGGAUUCUAUUCAGAUCACCUGCGGUGUCGCUCAUUGCAGUAGACACAGCGAUAGUCUACGGGUACCAGUAUCUAGUCUUCACCACAUUGUCAUACAUCUUUCAAGAUGAAUACAACCUAUCUACGAGUCUGUCAGGACUCGUCUAUUUGGGCAGUGGGAUUGGAACGGUUCUCGGAAUCUUCAUCAUCGGCUAUGCAUCUGACAAGGUAACCAAGCGAAGGAAAGAGAAAGCUUUGGAUCCAGAAACAAUGCCACCUGAAGUCUCGCUCUGGCCUAUGCUGCCUUCGAGUAUUCUAGUUCCAGCUGGUCUGUUCUGGUAUGGCUGGUCGCUAGAAAGACAUGCAUUCCCAGUUGUACCCCUAGUGGGAUUGGGUGUUUUUGGGUUUGGAAUGAUGGGCAUCUUUCAGCCGGUACAGAUAUACGUGGUCAAUACCUUCGGAAAGCAGGCUGCCUCUGCUAUGGCAGCAGCGACCGUGCUGCGGAGUCUAGUAGGUGCAUUAUUGCCUCUUGGAGGAGAAAAAAUGUACGAUACCCUAGGCAUGGGAUGGGGCAAUAGUUUACUGGCAUUCAUUGCAUUGGGACUGGUGCCUGUUCCGUUGGUGUUGAUGAAGUAUGGAGCGCGCAUGAGGAAGAGUGAUCCAAAUUUAAGGUAA